AUGACGAACGCAUCGUCAAAAUCAUCAAACACCGUCGUCGACGAGAGGACGUUAUCUACGGAUAUUUUCUUCCUCGAUGACUUUGCUAUUCGACAGUGGGACGAUCCGAACUAUUCCGGGACGAUUAUCGCGCACGAUAAAAUAGACUUUGUCCGGAAAAUACACGACUAUCACACCUCUUCUUCGAGUGGCGAGCAUAAGCUCGUGGACGGGUACGCUCCGUUUUGUAAACACGUCUUCGUGCCAAACUUUGUGAACGCGAAAGUAGCGACGGUAGAAAUUACGAAAGAGAACGAACACUUGUUGAAAUCAGGAUACUCUGCGCGAUCUGAGAACGAAUUAGCGGUGCUGACGAGAUGGUUUCACGUAAAUGACAUUUUCGGCGACAACGCGGAGGAUAUUAAAACGAGCAAGAUGUUGGACAUUAUUUUAUACAGUAGAGACCAGUUGGUGAAAGAACGCGAGGCGACGGGGAAAGCUGAUCCAAACAGACCGUUACCGGAUGCACCGUGGGGAAUUAUAUCCAUCAAGGCUCAAGAUGAACCGUUCGAGUUGCCGAUGCAACCGAUUACAAUGAUGCGAAACGCGUUGGGCAAAAGCGAAGGCGGAUCGGGCGUACCCUUAGAAAAAUCAAAGUACGACGCGUCGGUAGCGUACUGGCGAAACCACGCGCCUUUACUUAAGACAGACACGCCAAACGGCGACUAG